AAAUGUUCAAAUUAGGUAGUAAAAGGUGGAUGUUUUGUAUAAGUCUAGCUUGCAUGUGGGACUGCUAGCUGCACGGCUAACUUUGCUAACUAGCUAACGGCAGUACAGUCAGCAGCAGUUAGCGGUUACCAGUCUAUGGCGGUUACUUUAGCAACAAAUAAUGCUAUCUGGCCAUCAGGAUAUGAAUGCGUCUUGGGUGCAUUCACACCUGUACUUAGAACUGUCCACGCAUGUUAAUGCCAGGUGUAAACAGGGCCUAAGGCUGAGUCCUUACUGCAGCAGCCGGGGUUCGAUUCCAGCCCGGGGCUAAUGUUAAAAACAAAUUUAAUAAUAAUAAAUCUUGGGGCACCAAAGGUCACAUACUCUGGGAGAGAGCGGAAACUUCAGAAGAGGAGGCGUUUCUGCCACAGGAUGUUUUCCCUUAGAGAAGUGAGAAGAAGCUCUGUGUGAGGUUCAGUCACUGCAGCACCGUGGGAGUGCUUCAAUCAGAGGCAGAAUGAGGAUAUGAUGCAUUACAGUCGAAGGAACGCGUGCAUGGAACCAGGGUUGAUAUCAGAUUACCAGAUCAGAUUUCUCUGCAGUAUACAAGUUAAUGUAGUUUUUUGGAGGAGCUUGAAGUUUUAGGUGAUGAGGGAAAGCCUCAAGAACAUCAUUCUGCUUGAGGCAAGUUCACACUCUCGGUGCAAAAGAUCAAGAUGAGUGCUUGCUGGAUGUUCAUGAUCUUCAUGGGCUACAGAUUAUCUCAUGCUGCUCAGUCGCAGGGAACCUGCACCUGCAAAGACCACCUGAAACCUGUCUGUGUACCUGCUGGAGGCAAUGUGACUGUGCCCUGCCCAAAUUUGGAUGGUGAAGACAUGGCAUUUAACCUCCUUAAGGACCAAAAAGUGAUUUACAACCAUUCAAAGACUCAAGAAAAAAAUGCAUCAAACUCUGAAGCAGUGGAACUGCAUGAAAACCAAGUAAAUAAUGUCAGUUUCAGGCUCAUUGGAGUGAAUGCCAGUUUCCAUGGUAUCUACAGAUGUGAGGGCAUAGUCAUGUUCCCUCCUCCCUAUAUCACAGAACGAAAUCCUUUGGGGAUCCUGGUACUUGUAGAAGGACACCAAUGCAAACACAAUAAAGACUGCAGUGAUUCUAGAGAUCAAAACAGUGUUUUUCCCUGGAUUUGGAUUCUGGUGGUUCUUCUCAUCAUCAUCUACAGCAUAAUUGUCACCAUCAUCGCCUUCAUCAACUGGGUGAAGUUGAGGAGGACAGAUUCCCAGAGUGACUACAUGAACACCAAACCCAGAGCACCCAGGGACCGCAAGAAGAAAAGAGGGGUUCAAACACCUAUACCACGACACUUCUGACUACCCACGCAUCUUCUGACCAUUUGCACAGCUACCCCCAUUAGUUUAGUUAUACAGUAAACAUAGGGGUGUCAUUGUAGCAGUUAGCCGUGAAAAUAACAUUAUUGUGAAUGAGGUUUUGUUAAGGUCAUUUUGUUGUCAGCAGUAGUUGUUUUGUGUCUGCACAGCGAAAGUAGCAGUUUCUUAAAUUUGUGGCUGUAUAAAACAACGUACAUAACA